AUUUAACGGCCGUUGACAUUGGUUUUAACAAUGCGUUAUUUACAGUUGUGCAUCAACGGGGAGUGCACAGGAUCCAUUUGUUUGGAGUGGAAUCUGACAGAGUGCUUUUUAACGAGCAACAUCAUACCGAACAUCGACAAGCGAAAGCUCUGCGAAUUAGCCUGUCAAAAUGGGACUGAUGCAUCAACAUGUCGUGGGACGAGCGAGUUUGCACACAUGGUGGGAUUGCCCGAGGGUGGAAUGAGUCUCAGACCUGGUUCACCUUGCGAUAAUUUUCAGGGUUAUUGCGAUGUUUUCUUGAAAUGCCGAGCCGUUGAUACGGAAGGACCGCUUGCGAGAUUGAAAAACCUGUUGUUCAAUAAAGAAACUUUAUCGUCGGUAGCGCAAUGGAUAACUGAAUUUUGGUGGGCGGUGUUAUUAAUGGGUAUAGCUUUCAUCAUAUUUAUGGGACUGUUUAUCAAGUGCUGUGCUGUGCACAUUCCUUCUACUAAUCCCAAAAAGCCACCUGCGAGGCGUAUCAGUGAUACAUUAACAAGACCGAUGAAUACUCUUAGAAGAAUGCGACAUCCGCACGGUGGUGGAGCUGGGCCAAGGAGUAUACCACCAAGAGGUCCAAGUCAAGGUGGACAUGGAACGCGUGGACCCUCUCAUGGUUAUGGAGAGGGUAGAGGUGCUCAAUAUUAUCCAAAAGCAGGAUAUCGCUCGGUUCCCACAGCUAGUGCGCCACCAAGUAGCGGGUCAGCAGACAAUUACGGGCGUUCCAAUCACCCAGAGCUGUAUGCCGGCGCCUAUUCGGGCUCCGGCGGAGGUGGGAGGAGCACAGCAUAUGAGAUGAGACAUCACAACAAGGUGUGACGAUCCUAGGAUGUCGUCAAGGACGAGGACCAUCAAUCGCGGCGUUGUACCACGAGUCGUUGUGUAGAACGAUUGCCAAAAUCGAAGAGAACCGAUCCACUCCACGUAAGGGAUGCAAC